UGGCGCCAUCUAGAGGUCAGAGGAGCCCGCUGCAGCGAGCCAGCAGGGGGCGCUGCCCCGCAGAGAGCUGCUCCGGAAGCUCGUCCCCCCAGCAACAUGCCAAACCAAGCCGGGGAUGUUGUGUAACUACACGGUCUCUCCAUCACGAUGCCUGCAGAGGGUUCAGAGGACCAGGUGCCCUCCUCUCUCUCCAGCCCUGCCAGUGCUGCCCUUACCCCGGGAGGGGCAGAGGAGGAUGGGGCUACAGGGGGGUCAGCAGUCAGCUCUUUGCCUCAAAACAUCCAGGGCUCCGAGGCUGCUGCAGCCUAUCCUGCCAACACUGGACCCGAUGAGGGCAACAGUGGUGGAAAGAGGUCCGGGGCCUUGCUGCACAUCAACCGUCAGCGUAUCCAAGCAGCAUCUGCCAGUUCUGGGGCUGAUGAAUUGCAGGGUCUCGGUGUGGCUGUGUACGACCAGGAUGUCCUUGAGCAAGGUGUCCUGCAGCAAGUGGACGAGGCGAUCCACGAGGCCAGUCAGGCUACUGCCAAAGCCGAUGCUGAGAAGGAGUACGAGUCUGUGCUCGAUGAUGUCAGGUCUGUGACAACAUCUCUGAAACAUAUCAACAAGAUCAUCGAGCAGCUGUCUCCUUAUGCUGCCUCCAGCAAAGAUAUCAGUAGGAAGAUUGAAUCUGUCAAACGACAGAAAGAAAAUAAGGAGAAACAGCUGAAGAAAGUCAGAGCCAAACAGAAGAGACUUCAGGCCAUUCUGGGAGGAGAGGACACCCAACGGGUGGAAGCUGAGCUUUUGGCAGAAGAUGAUGGAGAGGAAGAAGCUGGGCCGUCCACACUGGGCAGCAUGCUCAUGCCCUCUCAGGAGACCGAAUGGGAGGAACUUAUCCGGACAGGUCACAUGACUCCUUUUGGUACACGAAUCCCGCAGAAGGAGGUAAAGAAGGGGCCUCGAAAAGUGAUGCUUGCUGAAAACUCGGCCUUUGACCUGUAUCUGGCGGAUCAGGCCAAGUUGGCUACUGAGAGGAAAAAGGGCCCUCUUCUGAAGAAGAAGAGGAGCUCGGGACUCAGUCCUGAUGAGGAGGCUAGGAGAAAAACCAACAGAAUUAAAUCCUCGUCCAAGGACAAAAAAAUGAGGAAGCGCAUUCGAAAGCUCCAAAUAACUGCUCUGAAGGCCCAUCCUAAGGCUCGGCCUAAAGCUGAGCCACAGCUCCCUAAGCCAAAGAAGAAGCAUCACACAGAGGGCGAGGAGACAGACAGUGAGGGUUCAGAGUACCUGCCCAGUGAUGAAGGCAUAGAUCCUGACCAAGAAGAAAGAGAAGCCAUGGAGGAAGGCUUUGGGGAAGAUCAUGAAUCGGAGUAUGAGUUGAAACCAUACAAGAGGAAAACUGAGGGGAAGGGGGCAAAGAAAGCAAAGAAAAAAGAGGAGAGCGAGGAAGAAUACUGCCCUGAGAGUUCAGAGGAAGAAGAGGACGAGAAAGCCAAAGACAAAAAAUGCAAAGAUGAUGGAGAUAUUGAGUACUACAGACAGCGAAUACGGAAAUGGAAGCGACAGCGUCUUCGAGAAAGGGAGGCGAAGAGGGAAAGAGGCGAGGAGCUUACAGAUGACAGCGAUGAAGAAUUUGACGAAGGCUUCAAAGUGCCCGGUUUCCUCUGGAAAAAACUCUUCAAGUACCAGCAGACAGGUGUGCGGUGGAUGUGGGAACUCCAUUGUCAGCAGGCAGGCGGCAUCCUGGGAGACGAGAUGGGAUUGGGUAAAACCAUCCAGGUCAUCAGCUUUCUGGCCGGACUGAGCUACAGCAAACUGAGGACCAGAGGAUCCAACUACAGGUAUGUUGGUCUAGGUCCGACAGUCAUUGUGUGCCCAGCUACAGUCAUGCACCAGUGGGUCAAGGAGUUUCACACCUGGUGGCCUCCUUUCAGAGUGGCCGUUCUGCAUGAAACUGGCUCUUUCACCAGCAAUAAGGAAAAGCUCAUUCCAGAGAUAGCAUCGUGUCAUGGUAUCCUGAUCACUUCCUAUUCAGCUGUGAGGAAUAUGCAAGACACUUUGCAGCGCUGGGAUUGGCACUAUGUUAUACUGGAUGAGGGCCAUAAGAUCAGGAAUCCAAAUGCGGGAGUUACCACUGCUUGCAAACAGUUUCGCACUCCACACAGGUUCAUCCUGUCAGGCUCUCCCAUGCAGAACAAUUUGAAGGAGCUGUGGUCUCUGUUUGACUUUGUCUUCCCUGGCAAGCUGGGGACGCUGCCCGUCUUCAUGGAGCAGUUUUCUGUGCCGAUCACAAUGGGAGGAUACAGCAAUGCCUCGCCCGUACAGGUCCAGACGGCGUUUAAGUGCGCAAGCGUGCUGCGGGACACCAUAAAUCCUUACCUGCUCAGAAGAAUGAAGGCAGACGUCAAGGCCAACCUCUCCUUACCUGACAAAAAUGAACAGGUUCUGUUUUGCAGAUUAACAGAGGAACAGCGGCAGGUGUAUCAGAGCUUCUUAGAUUCCAAAGAGGUCUACCAGAUACUAAACGGAGACAUGCAGGUAUUCUCAGGUUUGAUAGCGCUGCGUAAGAUCUGUAACCACCCGGACCUGUUCUCAGGCGGGCCCCGGAUGUUGAGGGGAAUCCCUGAGGACCAGCUAACUGAAGAGGAACACUUCGGCUUUUGGAAACGCUCAGGAAAGCUGAUAGUGGUGGAGUCUCUGCUGCGUCUCUGGUUCAAACAGGGCCACAGAGUCCUGCUCUUCACUCAGUCUAGACAGAUGUUGGACAUCUUCGAGGUAUUUGUGAGGGAGAAUAUGUACUCGUACCUGAAAAUGGACGGCACUACAACAAUAGCUUCCCGACAGCCUCUCAUCGCUCGCUACAAUGAGGACAAAUCCAUUUUUAUCUUCUUGUUGACCACUAAAGUCGGAGGUCUGGGAGUCAAUCUGACUGGAGCCAACAGAGUCAUCAUCUAUGACCCAGACUGGAACCCCAGUACCGACACACAGGCACGCGAGCGGGCAUGGAGGAUCGGUCAGAAGCAGCAAGUGACGAUCUACAGACUGCUGACUGCAGGGACCAUUGAGGAGAAAAUCUACCACAGGCAAAUCUUCAAACAGUUUCUGACCAAUCGUGUUCUGAAGGACCCCAAACAAAGGCGGUUCUUCAAGUCUAACGACAUUUAUGAGCUCUUCACCUUGUCUGAUCCUGAUGGAGCUCAGGGAACAGAGACCAGUGCCAUAUUUGCAGGUACAGGUUCUGAUGUCAAGGCACCCAAGAAACCCGAGAGGCCAAGGCCAUCACACACGGUAAACCGUGGCAGCCAUGUACAUAAACACUCAACAAACCAGAACGAAAGUGGUGCAGACAGCAGACACUCCUCAACAGUCAUUCCCACAAAGGAUGGAAACACUCAGAUCUCUCAGGUUAACCCAGAUGUCCCAACAGACAGUCAAAGCACCAACCAAAAUGGAGUGGAUGUAAAGCUAAAUAUUUCAGCAAAUACACAACAUACAGGACAAAAUAACAGAGACUGGGACGCAGUCAAAAACUCAAAUUCAUCCAGCUCUCACCAACACAGAGACAAAGACUCUGGCCUGACUAGCCCACAGAAACACAGGGAAAAAAGGAAGCACUGCGACUCAGCCGACUCGGACAAACACAAACGUAAGAAACGCAAACACAGUCAGGAUGCUCGAUUUGAAGGCCACCGCAUCUCUCACUUGGUGAAGAAAAAGACUUAUAAGAAAGCGGACGGUGAAGACAGUGGGACGGGGAAAUCAGACGAUUACGUCUUGGCAAAGCUUUUCAAGAAAUCUGGUAUCCACAGUGUGAUGCAGCAUGACACCAUCAUGGAGUCCUCCAAUCCUGACUAUGUUCUUGUGGAGGCAGAAGCCAACAGGGUGGCCAAAGAUGCCCUGAAAGCCCUUAAAGUCUCUCGCCAGCAGUGCAGACUUCCCUACAAUAGACCUCCUCCUCCUCCACCUGCAAGGAAACGGUUUGGACAAAAGAAGAAUUCUCUCUUGGUUGCACCUUCUGUACAAUCUGUCCCUACUCCGAACAAAUGCAAGGAUGCUGCUAUUAUAAAAAAGUCUACGUCAAAGAAACCAGGUUCAGGAGGUCAUUUCAGUGGUGAGGGGAUGGAAAGUGAGUCAAACACCACCCCACUCUCCUCCUCCUCCCUGCUGGCCAAGAUGAAAGCCCGUAAUCACCUCAGCGUGCCCUCCAGCCAAAGAGACGAAGCGGAGGAAGAGGAGGAUACUACUGGAGCUCCAGGAACGAGCUCCUCCCCAGCUCCACCCACAGAGCAUGAUGAGCUGUUGGUGGAUCUGCGCAACUUCGUAGCCUUCCAGGCCAAUGUGGACGGACAGGCCACCACCCAGGAAGUGCUGGAGUAUUUCAAACCGAGACUGACCCAGCAACAGGCACCUGUCUUCAGAGAGCUGCUCAGGAGCAUCUGUGACUUCAACAGGACUUCUGGCCAGGAGGGAAUCUGGAGACUGAAGGAGCACUUCCGCUGAGUGAAGCUCAGACUGAACUGUGAUGCAUAUUGAGUACUUGUCAGCUCUGAGUCUGUAGAGUUCAAGCUUACAAUAUCAUUUUUUUUAUUUUUCAUGACUUUUUUUAUGUCGUUUUGCUGUUGUCUUGUCAAAUUAAGAUGUCUGACAAAAGUACAUCUGGCACAAUGGAUCAUUUCAGUUUACAGUUUGUUAUGAAAGGACCAUACUGUGGGCCAUUUUCCUGUAGAGUGGACCAUUACAUUACAUUGGUGGAUAAACUUGAACGAGUAUCAGUUAAUUAUCAGAUAGCUAAGUCUUGAAGGGAAAGUCCGCUGCAGUGUAUAAUUUGUUUCAGCUGUACUGGGAACUUUUUGUGCUUGUUCAAGCAUUGCUGUGAUGGCUUCUGUUUCUGUUAAUUGUUGUUUGCACCUGAUUAUACUUGAAAUCACUUCUUCUGUAUUUGUCUGAAAGUUAAAACUAUUACCUCUGAGUAACGAUUUACUCAGAUAUAUUUGUCAUUUGCUUUCAUAAAGUGUGUCUCAGAUUUUGUAACAUGAUUCUCUGAAAUGUAACAGGGGAGCAGUUUGUCAUUUUGUAAAUACAACCAAGCAUGUUUUUUUUUGUUUGUUUGUUUUUUGGUACAUUUUGUAAAGCUGACUUUUCUUAAACUAUGUCCAAUUAUAGUGUUGAUGAAGGUUGAGGGGGCUUCAAAAUAAUAUUCUACCAUUUCUAUUCUACCUCCAAUUAUUUGUGAACCACUGACAAAGAGCCAAUAAAAGUUAUAUUGCUGCCAUGUUUUUUAAAAAUCUAAAAAGCUCAGAAUGCACUGUUUUGUAUAUGAUGUAUGCAAUAAACCUCUGUGACUGUU